AUGAUAAUGCAUAUUUUCUUUUAUGGAGUGGUUAAUCAAGAGUGGGUGCUGUUUUAUCUUGCAGUCAUAGCGGCCAAUAUUCGUGGCUUUCAAUUCCAAUCAACUGAAUUAUCUAGCCUAAAAAAUACAAAAUCAUUAUUAAAUGAAACUGAAUCUAUUGAUAGUCCUUUUAAUUUAACCAGUGCACGAGCAGCUUUAUGUCCGAUUAUCGGUUUUCAUGGAAUGUUUUGUCCCGGUGGCGAAGACACUGCAACAUCUGACAAUAUUAAAUCCAGAAAAUUACCCGCUGUUUUACAACUGCCACACAGUGUGGGUAUGGCUAUCGACGUAAGUACUGGUAACCUUUUGCUACCAGCUUUGCAGCUAUCCACAGGUAAUCGUCAAUGGAUGGAAAAAGAAUCACAGCAAAUAUUUCUCGUUCCACCAGAAAUAACACUAACGAAGCCGUCAUUGAAUGAAAUUGGUAUUAAUGUUCGCAUAUUUCAUACAGAAACUGAAUUAGUUGAUGUAUGGCUUAAGAAUGCAGAAGCUGGUGGAUGGACUGGCGGUCAACUAGCACAUGUUCAAAACAUUUCUGAUGUUUAUAACAAUUAUUUCAAAGAUAAUCAAGCCACAGCAAUAACUCAAGAUUUGAAGACGAUGUAUACAGUAACAAUAAAAGAUGAAGAUCAAGCAUUGAAAUUGAAUAAAUAUGCUCAACGAGCAGUUGAUGCUCUAACAGUUCAAUACAAUGACGAACUUUAUGAAAAUUUUAUAGAUGCUUGGGGAACACAUAUUACUGUAUCUACUAAAGUUGGUGGUAUGACAGAGCAGCAAAUUCUGUUUAAAAGUUGUGUGAUAGAUACAAGUGAAAUUACUGAUGGACUCUCUCAGUCGAUAUUUGAAGAAAAUUUGAAACAAGAACUACUAGAACAAACUCCAUGUAUUGAUAAAUUUUAUUACAUGAGACGUAAAAAAUUAUUAGACCAUAGAAUUGGUGGUAAUAUUCUCUUAAUAAACAAUACUGAUGAAUGGAAGAAGACAAUCGUCUAUAAUCCGGCUUUAUUAACAGUUGAAAAAUAUUUGCCUUGGUAUGAUUUAAUAACAAAUAGCGUGAUAAAAAGAAAUUUAAAACAAGCAAUAGAAAAGCGUAUGAAAGCAACGAGUGUCAUUCGUCAAACACAAGCACAUCAAAUUCAAGAAGAACGAAAAAAUAUGACACUCUCCGCUAAAGUCUUUGUUCAAUCGCUCGCCUACAGAUGGACGACUGUAAAUGAUAUAACAUUACAAAAUGUAAAUGUGUGUUCCACAGGAUUAACAAACACUGAGCUUUCAACUAAAUGUAAUACGGGUACAUUAAUGAGUGCUUGUGCCUUAGAAUUAACCGAAAAUAAUGACAAUCGUCUUAUGAUCGGACAAAAAGAAGUGCCCAUUUGUUAUGAACGACAUAAUCAAACAGGAAGUUUUCGUGUUGUCGCACGAAGACAAUUUGGUCAAAGAGAUGAUAGUGUAAGAACUGGAUUUACAAAUCAUGAUGUUUAUGGUGAAUGGACUCAACCGGGUGGUUGCUCGAAAAUUAUAAAUAAAUGUGAAGCGAAUGCUGGUACAUGGUAUGUCUAUGUAUGUGCCGGUUGUGAUGCGCAAUGUCCAUUGAAUCAAUCUGGAAAAAUAAUAUCUUGUAAAUGUUCAUGUCCAGCUUAUCCAGUCGAUCCCGAAGCAAAACCCUAUAAACCAUAUUGUUAA